AUGGGGGCAGCCGGGCCCCUUCCCCUUCUGGGUAACUCCACAGUCACGUCCACAACCCAGCCUCCUCCCAGUUUCCGCUCAGAGGCAAGUCUGAGAGGAAAGGGGAGGGAGGAGGAGGAGCCGUGGGAGGACUUCCCAGAUGAUGGGGGGCCAGGCAGAGGCGCUCCUCACUUCCCAGAUGGGGUGGCCGGGCAGAGGCGCUCCUCACUUCUUCCCGGACGGGGCGGCCAGGCAGAGGUGCUCCUCCCUUCCACACGGACGGGGCGGCCAGGCAGAGGCGCUCCUCACUUCCCAGACGAUGGUUGGCCGGGCAGAGGCGCUCCUCACUUCCCAGAUGGGGUGGCCGGGCAGAGGCGCUCCUCACUUCCCAGAUGGGGCGGCCGGGCAGAGGCGCUCCUCACUUCCCAGACGGGGCAACCAGGCAGAGGCACUCCUCACUUCCCAGACAUGGGGCGGCCGGGCAGAGACGCUCCUCACUUCCCAGACGGGGCGGCCGGGCAGAGGCGCUCCUCACUUCCCAGACGGGGCGGCCGGGCAGAGGCACUGCUGACUUCCCAGACGAUGGGUGGCCGGGCAGUGGCGCUCCUCACUUCCCAGAUGGGGCGGCCGGGCAGAGGCGCUCCUCACUUCCCAGACGGGACGGCCGGGCAGAGGUACUCCUCACUUCCCAGAUGGGGCGGGCGGGCAGAGGCGCUCCUCACUUCCCAGAUGGGGUGGCCGGGCAGAGGCGCUCCUCACUUCCCAGAUGGGGCGGCCGGGCAGAGGCGCUCCUCACUUCCCAGACGGGGCAACCGGGUAGACGCGUUGCGCAUUUCUUCCAAGAUGGGGCGGCCGGGAUAG